GAGUGAGAGGCGGGUCUGCGGCCGCAGUUUCUGAGCUCGCGCCGGAGGUGGGAGCCGGGAGCUUUCUUGUGUAGCUGGCCGCGGCUUUUUCAUGUGGUGUUCUGCCUGAGACCGAGGCAGGUGCGCCACGGGCUCCCCAGCCGAGGCCUGGCUGUGGCUGGGGAGACAGUGAAAGACCCGGCUGGACAGGCCGGACCGGGCUCAGCACCGCAGGCUCAGACGCGGCCUUUAAGAGGAGAGGCCUGAGAGAAGAGCCCAGAGCGGGGCUGGGGCUGCAGUGAAGCGACGCUGACGCUCAGAGAACUGCUGAGAGGCGGUGGCGCGAGGUGGGACUCAAAUGCUGGAGGAAGGAGAGCCACCUUCUCCAGAUCCUGCCCUUCCCCAAGAGGAAGGCACAGAAGAGGAAGGAAUGGCAGGUGGUCUGCUCACAGCUGGGCCCCAAGAAUCCACACCUUUCAGCAGUGUGACUGUAGCUUUUACCCAGAAGGGAUGGAGGCAGUUGGCCCCUACUCCGAGGGACAGGUUCAAGGAAGGGAUGCCAGAAAAGUCCAGAAACCUGGUCCUACUGGGACUUCCAGUCUCCCAGCCUGGUAUGAACUCCCAGUUGGAACAAAGGGAAGGUUCAUGGAUGCUGGAGAGAGAAGGCCUCAGGAGUACCUGUCCAGAUUGGAAGAUUGUAUCUGAAUCACCACCUGAACAAGACAUUUCUGAAGAAUCAUUCCAAGACCCAAGUGUAGAGAUGCCCUCUGGGGAGUCAGAUCACAGGAACAGUGAACUGGGGAAGAGCUUCAAUCUGAGACCAGUUCUUUCUCCACAGCAGAGAGUUCCUACAGAAGUGAGACCCCGUAAAUGUGAAACACACACACAGAGCUUCAGGAAGAAUUCAGAUAUAAUUAAACCUCACAGAGCGAAGCCGUACAUAUGUAAUGAAUGUGGCAAAGCCUUCAGUUACUGUUCUUCCCUUUCUCAGCACCAGAAGAGCCACACUGGGGAGAAGCCAUAUGAGUGCAAUGAAUGCAGGAAGGCCUUCAGCCAGAGCUCAUCUCUUAUUCAGCACCAGAGGAUUCACACCGGAGAGAAACCUUAUAAAUGCAGUGAAUGUGGAAGAGCCUUCAGCCAGAAUGCAAACCUUACAAAACACCAGCGAACUCAUACUGGAGAAAAGCCCUACAAAUGUAGUGAGUGUGAGAAAGCCUUCAGUGACUGUUCAGCCCUUGUUCAGCAUCAGAGAAUUCACACUGGAGAGAAGCCUUACGAAUGCAGCGACUGUGGGAAGGCCUUCCGCCACAGUGCAAAUCUUACAAACCACCAGAGGACUCAUACAGGGGAGAAGCCCUACAAGUGCAGCGAAUGCGGGAAGGCCUUCAGCUACUGUGCGGCAUUUAUUCAGCACCAGAGAAUCCAUACAGGGGAGAAACCCUACAAGUGUAAUGCAUGUGGGAAGGCCUUCAGCCAGAGUGCAAACCUCACAAACCACCAGAGGACUCACACUGGAGAGAAACCCUACAAGUGCAGUGAGUGCGGGAAGGCCUUCAGCCAAAGCACAAACCUUAUAAUCCACCAAAAGACCCACACUGGGGAGAAGCCUUAUAAAUGUAAUGAAUGUGGGAAAUUCUUCAGUGAGAGCUCAGCCCUUAUUCGACAUCAUAUAAUUCACACAGGAGAAAAACCCUAUGAGUGCAAUGAGUGUGGAAAGGCAUUUAACCAGAGCUCAUCCCUUAGUCAGCAUCAGAAAAUUCACACUGGUGUGAAACCUUACGAAUGUAGUGAGUGUGGGAAGGCCUUCAGGUGUAGUUCAGCUUUCAUUAGACAUCAGAGACUCCAUGCUGGAGAGUAACUGGGAACAUAACCAAAGUGGAUGGGGACCUGACAGGUAAUUUGAAGGCAUCUGGGGACAUCUGACUAAGUGUAGCCCAGAGCCACAUGCAAAAGCACCUUUAAUAAAUAGUCACUAUUUUACAUGUUGCA